AUGAGUUGGGAGCACCGUAGGACGUCGUGGGGGGCCCUGGUCGCGCUCUGGCUCCAGGUUCUGGCGCUACCGCCGAAGGUCCAGGGGGGCGCGUGCUCCCCCGGGUGCGUGUGCGCGCACGACUGGAUGAACUUGGUGCAGUGCGUGGGCGGGAAGACGCUGGAGCUGAGCCUGCUGCCGGCACACACGCAGCACCUCGACAUCUUAGUUUCCAGGCACCUGCGCAGCUUGGAGGCCAUGUCCUUCUCCCGUCUCUCGCAGCUGCAGGACAUAGAAAUCCGCAACGCCAAUCGCCUUGUCUACAUCCACAGGGACGCGUUCCACGAGCUGCCCAGCCUCAGGUUCCUGGGAAUCGCCAACACGGCCAUUGAGUGUUUCCCGCACGUGGGCAAGAUCCAGUCCACAGUUCUCAGCUUCAUCCUCGAAAUCCUGGACAACCCCAUGAUUGACCUCAUCCCCGCAAACGCUCUGCAAGGUCUCAGCUCCGGGUCGCUCAUCGUGAGGCUCUUCAACAACAAGUUUGCGAAAAUCGAAGACUUCGCCUUCAACGCCACCAUGCUGGACCUGCUGGACCUCCACAACAAUGACAGACUGUGGGCCAUCGGCGAGGAUGCCUUCAGUGGAAUCCAGGAGAACUCUUUCAUACUGGACGUGUCCCGUACCUCCGUGCGCUCGCUUCCGCGCCACGGGCUGCAGCACGUGUGGAAGCUGAUGGCGAACGCCGCGUGGCAUCUCAAGCAGCUGCCCCCCAUGGGCAGCUUCUCCUCGCUGUGCUCCGCCAACCUCACCUACCCAAGCCACUGCUGCGCAUUCUGGCACCGCAAGGCGGCACAGGGGUUCAGCGGUGUGGUUGAGUGCCACGCAGACAUCUACAUGGACCAGGAGCUCCAGAACGAGAGCUUCACCUCGAGCGACUUCGACUUGGUGCAGUGCGCUCCGGAGCCCGACGCCUUCAACCCCUGCGAGGACCUCAUGGGCCACCAGCUGCUGCGCCUCAGCGUGUGGUUUGUGAGCGUCCUCGCCGUCCUGGGCAACUCCAUCGUCAUCCUCGUCAUCCUGAGCAGCCGCUACAAGCUGGCCGUGCCACGCUUCCUCAUGUGCAACCUGGCCUUCGCCGACCUCUGCAUGGGCGUGUAUCUGCUCACAAUCGCGUCCUUCGACGUGUACACCCGCGGCGAGUAUCACAACCACGCCAUCGACUGGCAGACGGGCCUCGGCUGCCGGCUCGCGGGCUUCCUCACGGUUUUCUCCUCCGAGCUGUCGGUCUUCACGCUCACCGUGAUCACGGUGGAGCGCUGGCACACCAUCAUCUACACCAUGCGCCUCGACCGCAAGGUGUCCUCGGCGCAGGCGGUCACCAUCAUGGCGUCGGCCUGGGCUCUGGCGCUGGUCCUGGCUGCCCUGCCCCUCGCUGGCAUCAGCAGCUACUCCAAGGUGAGCAUUUGCCUGCCCAUGGACAUCGAGACGCUGCCAUCGCAGGCCUACGUCCAACUCAUCCUGGGCCUCAACAUCCUGGCGUUCCUCGUCAUCUGCGUGUGCUACGCGCACAUCUACUCAACGGUUAGGAACCCGAGCUAUAACUUGGGCAGCCACGAUGCCAAGAUCGCCAAGCGCAUGGCCGUCCUCAUCUUCACCGACUUCACCUGCAUGGCGCCCAUCUCCUUCUUCGCCAUCCUGGCGGCGGCCAAGCUGCCGCUCAUCACGGUGUCGCACACCAAGAUCCUGCUCGUGCUCUUCUACCCGCUCAAUGCGUGCGCCAACCCCUUACUCUACGCCAUCUUCACCAAGAGCUUCCGCCGAGACGUCUUUAUCCUGCUGAGCCGCGUGGGGUUGUGCGAGCGCCGCGCGCAGCGCCACCGUGGCCAGGUGGUGUCAGGCGGCCACCCCGGCCUGCACAAUGGCAGCGUCACGGUCAUCAUCAGGGGCGGCGGUGGUGGAAGCCAGGAUCUGAAUGGCGGUGGUGGUGCCAGCGGUGGCGGCGGCGGUGGUGGUGGCGGUGAUGGUGGUUGUGGUGGCAGUGGUGGUGGGCUUGGCGUGAAGAUGGCAGGCGUUGGUGCCGUGGCCAGCGGUUGGCUCCGGGCCCCACGCGGGCUGUCAUGGUCGUAACGCGGCUCAAUUACACCGCCGUACGAAAAAAGGCC